AUGGCAGGAAUCUGUCGUGUGAGGCUCGCUGAAGAGCGUAAAGCAUGGCGAAAGGACCAUCCAUUCGGCUUCUACGCUCGACCUCUGAAGGCAGCUGAUGGAUCUCUGAACCUCAUGGAAUGGGAAGUAGGCAUUCCUGGCAAAGCCGGGACGCUAUGGGAGAAUGGACUCUACAAAAUGGUGAUGAGUUUUCCUGAAGAAUAUCCUUCGAAGCCUCCAAAGUGCAAAUUCACACCGCCUCUGUUCCAUCCAAACAUCUAUCCAAGUGGGACGGUUUGUCUAUCGAUUCUAGACGAAGAAAAGGCGUGGAAGCCUGGAAUCACCAUCAAGCAAAUUCUGCUCGGUGUGCAAGACCUGUUAACAGACCCAAACGUCAAUGAUCCUGCGCAGAGUGAUGCUUAUACUAUGUUCAAGAAUGACCGUAACGCAUACGAUCGCCGCAUUCGCCAGCAAGCCAAGGAGAAUAUUCCGAAAUAA